AUGGGUAUAGACGUCGAUCGUAUUGUCAAUUCUAAUGGAAAUUCCACAGAUUUAAUUACUUGUUCUAUUUGCCAUGAUAUUCUUUGGAAACCUUGCACAUGUGAAAUAUGUGAAAAUUCGUUUUGUGAUGAUUGUAUUUCAUUAUGGUUAGAGAAACAUCCAAAUGUUUGUCCAAAUAAUUGUGAAUAUAAACAACGUCAACGUUUACCACUUAUUCUCGUACAAUUACUUUCAAAAUUAAAAAUUCUUUGCAAAAAUCAACAAACCGGUUGUCAAGAUAUCUUAUCCUACGAAUCUCUUGAACAGCAUGAAUGUCAAUGCGACUUUCAAAUAGAACAAUGUAUUGGUUGUUCAAAAGCCAUGCCUAAGAAAGAACGAAAUAUUCAUGAGCCAUUAUGUGAACAAGUUGAGCUUCAAUGUCAUGUUUGUCAAGGAAAAUACAAACGAAUGAAUGGUCAUGAUCAAAUAGAAUGUUUACAAAACUGUUUAAUUGAACAACAAAUCAAAAUUCAAUUACUUGAAGAUAAAGAUAAACAACAACAAAUAAGAUUAGAACAAUUAGAAACAAGAUUGACGACUUUUGAAAAUUUAAACAAUCGACGAAUAAUUCAGUUUGAUGAUGUUUUUGAAAGUAAUCGCGAGCAUAUAAAAACAAAUGGAAAUAUUGAUUUUAAUUAUGCAAACUUUAUUUGGGAAAAUUUUAUUUAUCGACAUAUUUCUUCUGCAAUUUACGAAGAUGGUUGUAUGAUGAAUAGUAAUUCAUCAAAUCAAAAUGGUUAUCUUAGAGUUAAUGCAUUUACUCAAGGUCAAGAAUAUGUACUUUCAUCGAAUUCCAUGGCAUCUCCAUAUCAAUAUUCAUAUUCAUUUCCUCAACUUGGAAGUUCGUAUCCAACAAUUACAAGUUCAAAUGGAACAUUCGAUAUACAUUCAAUUGACAUCAGUACAAUUAUUCCUUCCUCACAAAUCCUUGUGACAGGAUUGAAAGAUGAUUGUGAAUUAUAUACAAAAACUAUUUUCUUAACGAAUAAUUCAACAAGAAUUGUUCUCGAAUGGCUCAAUAUUGACAAACUUUCUUUUCGGCUUGCACACCCGAGCGGUAAUACCCAAAUGUUUCUUAGUCGUUUGAUUUUAACAUAG